AUGACUACUACUGUACACAGAGCUUACAACACAGGCAGAUCCACAAGGUUGACUGCUAAGAAAUAUUCCCAAGUGAUGAAGAGGGAAACAAGUGAGCUUGUAAGAAUUAAUUUGUUGAUGGAUGAAGUGAAGGAUUUGGGUGACACCAUAGAAGAGAAACCCUAUGCGAUUACUUGGGAUGGAGCCUUAAGGAUUGAGAAGGUUGUUGAUGAAACUGGAAGUAGAGAAAAGAAGGUCAACAAACGGAAGGUGAAAUCAGUUGAAAGAAAUGAGCAACUUGAGGCUAUGGAUGUAGGGCUUUACAUGAACGAAAUGGAUAAAUCUGGCCAAGUAAACAAGACUAACCUCGUUGGAUUGCUUAGAGAUGAUGUUGGACAGUUGAAAGAACUUGAGGGGAAGACUCUUGUUUUAAGCACCAAAGAAGAGCCAAAGUUUGAUGAACCUGAAGAGAAACAUCUCACAAGGGAGUUUGAUAAAGAGAAGUUGAAGGGAUUUUUCGUCUCUUUUCUCGGGCCACUGACAUUAUACUUACACGGUUAG